UCCAUAACACACGAUGGCGCUGUGGACAGUUGAAGGUUUCAGCGCGGCAUAUUAGCGGAUAUCCGGGGAAAAACCCUACAUCCGGAAUUUUGCUUCUCUGGAAGGAGACCGCGGUGGCGGGAUUUCACUGAACAUUAAUCGUGCCUCUGUAGAGCGAUAUGGCAGACAGUGAUGAUGAGUACGAUCGGCGGCGCAGGGAUAAGUUCCGGCGGGAGAGGAGUGACUACGAUCGGUCACGAGAGCGAGAAGACCGACGCAGAGACGACUGGAGCGAUCGGCGGCCGUCGGCACGGGAAUGGGACCGCGGGAGGGAGAGGCGGAGUCGUGGAGAGUACCGUGAGUACGAGAGAGGACGGAGAGAGAGAUUCUCACCACCCCGACACGACAUGAGCCCACAGCAGAAACGCAUGAGGAGGGACUGGGAUGAUCAUGGAGGAGACCCGUAUCAUGGAGGUUAUGAUUUGGGUUAUGGUGGAGGUGGUGGAGGUGGAGGACCCAGUUAUGCGCCCCCUCAGCCCUGGGGUCACCCUGAUAUCCAUCUCAUGCAGCCACACCAUGCUAUCCCCAUCCAGGCCAGGUUGGGGAACAUCCAUGACCUGGAUCUGGGUCCUCCCCCACCUGUAAUGAAGACCUUUAAAGAGUUCCUGCUGUCUCUGGAUGACUCUGUGGAUGAGACCGAAUCUGUCAAACGCUACAACGAGUAUAAAAUUGACUUCAGACGGCAGCAGAUGCAGGAGUUCUUCCUCGCUCAUAAAGGAGAAGAGUGGUUCCGCUCUAAAUAUCACCCUGAUGAGUCGGGGAAACGGAAGGCCGACGCCCAUGCCGCUCUGCAGAACCGCCUGAACGCGUUCCAGUACUUAAUGGAGAACAGCUGGUUCGAUAACAUCACCAUGGACAUCGACCGUGCACCACAGAUCCUGAAGAUCCUCGACGCUGCGGUGAUAAAGAUGGAGGGAGGGGCGGAGUACGAUCUGCGCAUCCUCGAGCAGCCCAUUGAGGAUGAGGAUGAGAGAGAGAGACCGACGCCCGGAGGACCGCCAUCUGAAACCCAGAAACGUGAUGAGACCAGAGGAGCCGAGAUCGAGCGCAAAGUGUCUGUCAAGAAGGAUGUCAAGGAGGGAGAGACUGGAGAUGUUGGAAUAAAAGAUGCAGAUGCUGAAGCAGGAAGUGAAAGAGACAAACCUGAUAAUGAAGCUCCACCUGAAGAGAUAUCGGAGCCGAAGAAGAUGAGUAAGAAGAGGAAGAGGAAGCACAGCGGUGACAGUGAGGACGAGGCGAGCGCCUCAGAGAGCGAGUCAGACUCCGACUCCGACUCGAACUCUCACUCCUCAGAGAAACCCACGGAGAGACAGAGGGAGGCGGAGGGAGAAGGAGAUAUGGAGGGAGAAGGGGAUGGUGGAAAUGAAGAAGGAGAAGAGAAGGAGGAUGAAGAGGAAGAGGAGGGUGAAGAUGUGAAGGGGAGAAAGGAAGAGAAGCAGAGUGAGAGGGAGAAAGAGAAGGAGGAGAAGAAAGUAAAGGAUGAUCAGCCUCCUAAACCCCGGCCGCUCCACAUGACGUGCUCCCUGUUUAUGAGGAGCAUCGCUCCGACCAUCUCUAAAGCAGAGAUCGUGGCUCUGUGUCGCCGUUUUCCUGGAUUCAUGCGUGUAUGUUUGUCUGAACCACAACCGGAGCGCAGGUUCUUCAGGCGAUGCUGGGUGACCUUUGACCGAGGUGUCAACAUCAAAGAGAUCUGCUGGAACCUACAGAACAUCCGACUGCGUGACUGUGAGUUAGCUCCCGGAGUGAAUCGGGAUUUAGCGCGGCGUGUGAGAAACGUUAACGGCAUCACGCAGCAUAAACAAGUUCUUAGAAACGACAUCAAACUGUCAGCUAAACUCAUACACGCGCUGGACGAGAGGGAGGGGCUGUGGGGUCACCGAGACGCACACACUGCUGAGCUUCCAGCUCAGAACCCCAUUCUCAAAAACAUCACAGAUUACCUCAUUGAGGAAGUAAGUGCUGAGGAGGAGGAGCUACUGGGAAAUGUGGGCGGGGUUGACUUGGAGGACGGGAACAAAGAAGGCAAUCCCACUGAGAUCACCGUGGAGAGAGAUGAGAAACUUGUCAAGGUGUUGGAUCGUCUGUUGUUCUACCUGCGAAUUGUUCAUUCUAUUGAUUAUUAUAACAUGUGUGAAUACACGAGUGAGGAUGAGAUGCCCAACCGCUGUGGGAUCAUCCAUGUCCGCGGGCCCAUUCCACCCAACCGCAUCACACACAGGGAGGUAAGUGACUGGGAGAAGACGUUCGAGGAGAAACUCGGCCCCUUGUUCAGCGUGAAGGAAACCCUGUCUGAGGAGGAAGCCAUUAAAAUGGGUCGGAAAGAUCCGGAACAGGAAGUGGAGAAGUUCGUGUCUGCGAACACGCAGGAGCUCGGGAAGGACAAGUGGCUUUGUCCUCUCAGUGGGAAGAAGUUCAAGGGUCCGGAGUUUGUGAAGAAACACAUCCUGAACAAACAUGGAGAUAAAAUCGAGGAGGUGAAGAAGGAAGUAGAGUUCUUCAACAACUUCCUGAUGGAUGCCAAAAGACCAUCUAUCCCUGAGAUAAAGCCCCUCCCUCCUCCAGGCCCCACCCCUGGUGUGAUGUCUCCUGGUGGUCCUCCAUUCCACCCUCAGGGUCCUCAGGGUCUGCUGGGAUUUGGGCAGCCCAGACCUCCAGUGAUGGGAUAUGGAGCAGGUCCUCCAUAUCCUCCUAACCAGUAUGGUGGAGGAGGAAGGGGAGGUUACGACAGUUUCCGUGGUCAGGGUGGGUAUCCUGGCAAACCCAGAAACAACCGGAUGAUGCGCGGUGAUCCUCGUAACAUCAUCGAGUACCGCGACCUGGACGCCCCUGAAGACGUGGACUUCUUUUAGACGCAGUCUUAUUUUUAUUUCCUCAUUUUUACCGCCUCACUCUUUUUUUAAUAUCAUCUCUUGCAGGUCUGUGUGCCCUUCUUAGUGCCCUUCCCCCUGUAGUGUACAAGUGCACACUUUACAUGUAGUCCCUUUUUGUUCUUCAAUAAAAUUCCUGAUGUGGAACUCA